CUUUUUUUUUUCUCGGCUUAACGAUAUUCAUCGCAAAGAAACCUUUUUCUCAUGGGAUUUCGCAAAGGAGGUCGUCAUAAUAAGAAGAAAAACCAGGCAGCGCAGCCGAAAAUCGAUCGCGAUACUCGCGGUCCUUCCGACAAGGCUUACACUGACAUUCCAAAGAAAAAUGAGAAUUUCGAAAAUUACUACAAGAGCCAAAACCUUCUUUCGGAAGAAGAGUUUGAUACGUUCUACAGCGUCUUGCAGACCCCAUUGCCUAGCACCUUUCGUAUUACGGGUACCAGAAGCAAUGCUUUGCCCAUCCGCGAACUGAUUGAAAAGGUCUAUGUGCCCAGCAUGCAGAAUGUGGUGGUUGACGACGUAAAGUAUGAACCUCCUCGUCCUCUCGAGUGGUAUCCGGAUCAACUUGGAUGGCAAGUGAACGCUCCACGUGCCAUUCUCAAACGUUCAGCCGAGUUCUCGAAAUUUCACAAGUUCAUCGUGGCUGAAAACGAAUCUGGUAACUUGAGCCGUCAAGAAGCCGUGAGCAUGGUGCCUCCAUUGCUCAUGGAUGUGAAGCCUCAUCAAUGGGUCUUGGAUAUGUGUGCCGCACCCGGAUCUAAAACCGCCCAGAUUAUUGAAGCCGUCCAUGCCAACGAUCGUUUGAAUGAAAUGCCUCUCGGUCUUGUGGUCGCCAACGAUGCGGAUUAUAAGCGAAGCCAUAUGCUCGUCCAUCAAUCGAAACGCUUACAAUCGCCCUGUUUCAUGGCGACGAACCAUGAUGCCGCACACUUUCCCAACAUCCACGUUCCGACUGGCGAGAAGGGUAAAGUCAACACUUGGCAGUUUGAUCGCGUUUUGUGCGACGUUCCAUGCAGUGGCGACGGCACUCUACGCAAGAACGAGAAAAUUUGGAAAGAAUGGACGCAACACAGUGCGUUAUCAUUGCAUACUACCCAAGUUCAGAUUUUCCUUCGUGGUGCGCAAUUGUUGAAACUGGGUGGACGUAUUGUAUACUCUACAUGUUCAUUUAAUCCUAUCGAGAACGAAGCCGUUGUGGCAGAGGUGUUACGAUUGACCAAUGGUGCUCUUGAAUUGAAGGACGUUUCCGACCAAUUGCCCAAGUUGAAGCGCAAACCCGGUAUCAAGACGUGGAAGGUGAUGACGAGAGAAGGCCAGUAUAUCAACUCUGUUGACGAAAUUGAGGACGGUCGUCAACGAUUCAAAUUCCCAAAGACGGUUUUCCCUCCCACCAACCCAGACGAGUUCCCCUUGGAAAGAUGUCUACGUAUCUAUCCUCACCAGCAAGACACCGGAGGUUUCUUUGUGGCUGUUUUCGAAAAGGUGAAGCCCAUGACUAACUUGGACCGCAUCCGACAAGCAAAGAACGAACAGAUGGAAUCCUCAGAAGCUGAAGCAGCAGAAGCACAGGAUGAGCAACUGGUGGAUUCUCUGAAUCAGGCUGCCGAAGAACCUGAUCAGCCAGCGGAAGCAUCGGUUCCCGCCAAACGGGCUUCCGAUGUAGAUCAGGAGGCUGAAAAGAAACUCAAGACCGACGACGGAACGAGUGCUCCUCAGAAAGUAAAGAAGGAUGUUCCCGGCAUCAAAGAGGCUCCGUUUGAGUUGAUGAAGACCGAUAACCCUGAUAUUGAUGAGAUCAGAGAGUUUUAUGGUUUGGAUCCCGAGUUCCCGCGCGAUCAAUUCUUGCUGCGAUCCGAAGACAAUGCCAAGAACCGCAGCAUUUAUUUCAUCUCCAAGGCCGUGAAAGCCGUUUUGGAAGCUCACGAUUUCGAACGUCUUCAUACGGUGAACACUGGCGUUCGCUUGUUCGUUCGUCAAGGCUCCCAAAUGGAAGGAGGAUCGCCCUUCCGUCUCACGUCGGAAGGUUUACCGAUGCUGGAAAACGUCAUUUCGGACCGUCGCUGUGUUGAUAUCACUGUUGACGAAUUAAAGACGCUUUUGACCGAAGCAUUCCCCAAACUCGAAGAGUUUUCAGAGGCAACGCGCACCAAACUCCAAAGCAUGGAUUUGGGCUGCUGUAUCUUCCACGUUGACAUGUCCAAAGCAGAGACUCAAAUUCCUGAUUUCCACAUGCCGUUAUCGAUGCCAGUAUGGAGAGGCAAAGCGUCUCUCAACGUUUUGCUGAACAAGCAAGACAAACGAUCCCUCUGUCAGCGAUUGUUUGGGGUUACACCUGCCAACACUCCCGCCCAUCUGAUAGAAAAGGCACUUAACAAUCAAUUACGUCUGGAAGCUGAGGCUGCACAAAAGAGUGAAGGCUCAGAUUCUGAUGCUGCUGCUGCUGCAUCAACUCCCGCUGAUCAAGAAUAAGAUAGAUGACACAAAUACUCCAAUUGCGAUAUAUUUUCGACCGUAGAGAUAGCAUGUAAAUCAUAAAAAUCAUUCAAUAUUUACGUUUUGCAUUUCGUAUCAAACUCGACA